AUGCUAGCCGGUGGCCACCCACACGAUCCAGCCAUCAAGCAGAUUCUCGCCGGUCUCAGCAAGUCCAAGAAGCGUGAGCGGACUCCAAAGCGUGCGUCCCCGAUGUCCCUGUUGAUGCUGACGAAGGUCAUUACAUUCUUGGAGUCGAAUUCGAUGUUCAACGAAACCAUGCGGCUGUGGUUUUCUGCGGUUUGUUCUCUCAGCUUCUAUGGUAUGUGCCGUAUCAACGAAGUCUUGCUCAUGAAGAAGGGCGACAUUCAGCUUGGUCUCAAACGAAAAUCGCGCGUUAAUGACAGCGACAUCGAGUUUGGCUGUUUCACUAUUCGUGACCGGAAGACAGAUCAUGACCCCCUCGCAAGUCGAACCUACUCACUCCAUCAUCUCACGAAGGAAGAGCGGGCAGCUGAAGCAUUGACUUUCUUGGAUAGAUGGUUUACGUACGCGCGGAAGAAGUUUCACCACACCUGGCGUGACAGCGACUACGCGUUUCCAUCCUUGACGAAGGUACCACGCGGCACAUCCAAGAAGCGAAGGCGGGAGAUAGGUGUUUUAGCGAGCGGCGACUCUUUUGCUAACGUGGGAAUAAAAUGGGGCUCGCCAAUGUCAGAUAGCAACUUUACUCAGGUAUUAAACAUUAUCGCUGAGGCCGCUGGAAUCAGCCGAAACGUGCUUGGUGACGAGAUUUGGUUUACAUCCCACUGUUUCCGUCGAGGUGCUCGUGAAGUGGUGGGCAGGGUGGGCACCAAGCGAAAAGUCCGAAACAGUAACUAG